UUGUUGUGUUCUUGUCAGCAGAUAUUUUUAAACUCCAACUCUUCCUCUUUUUUUUUUACAUGCUUCUUUUACAGGCAGUUUCCUAUCAGACUUUUUGCUCAUCAGCGAGACAGACAUAUCAGAAGAUAGACCUGAAACUUUUGAAUGAAUUCAAAAGAUGGAAAAACUUCGCACUGUGUUAGAUUUCUGCCUUAGCCACCAAAAGGCACUGGGCUAUGGUGCAGUGUCCUUGCUGACUCUUGGCAGUGAGCGCAUCUUUUCUGUUGUAGUGUUCAAAUGCCCAUGCAACUCCUGGAACAUGCUCUAUGGCACUGUUUUCCUACUGGCACCAGCCCUGAUUCUAUUUCUGCUUGGAUUACUGCUCAAUACCCGGUCCUGGAAGGUGCUUACUGGAUGCUGUGCUCCUGGCAAGCUGUGUCUAUGUCCUCAUGCGAAUCGCUUCUGGCGCUAUGUGCAAGUGCUAUGGCUGGUGAUGGUCACUGCCGCUGUGGCUCCCAUCACCUGGAUUGCUGUGGCCUUACUGGGAGGCAGCUUCUAUGAAUGUGCAGCUACUGGAAGUGCCAUAUUGCAAAACUACAUGUGCCAAGACAAAGGGGAAGAGUGCUUCAAGAAGGUGCUUCAGGUGCCCUGUCAGAGCUCCCUUUCUUCCCAGGAGAUGCAAGAUAUGCUCACCAACCUUCGAGCCCAGUCUCAGGUGAUGGGUUGGGUUCUGAUUGCCAGCAUCUUCACAUUGGCCCUGGCUGCCACCUGCAUCUCCCGCUGUCGUUCUCCAGUUAGUAUACUUCAGCUUACAUUCUGGAAAAUGUACCUGGAAAAGGAGCAGCAACUUUUUGAAGUUAAGGCCAAAGAACAUGCAGCUCAGCUGGCAGAGAGGAAUCUUGGGUGCUUCUUUGAUUCCACCCAUUUGGAACCAAUUCACACUCCAAGUGCCAAAGCCUGGCGUGGCAUUUCCUCCAUGUUUGCCUUUAAUCCUGAAGAGCAUUACUACAGUAUGAUACAUAAAUACGUCAGUUCUAAAACCAGCAGUGGAAGCAUCAGAUCAGCUGAAGGAGAUACUUUUCCCACUUGUCUGGGGUUUGUGGAUGGAGUUGGCGUUGCUGAUUCCCAAGUGCUAUAAUCGGAAGAGUUAUGCUGGCACUAUCAUCCUCCUCCUCCUUCUCAGUUUCUCUCUUUUCAGCUCUGUGGGCAGGAGGCAGGCAAACUGGCUUGUAGCUAAACUGUCAACUUUGGUGAUGAUGGCUGUCAUAUGGCGCCAUGUGCAUCCAGCUACCAGGUCCCCACCUCCUGCUGAUCUCCUGUCUUUUUUAUUGAAAAGUAAAACCUGUCAAUAGCUCCCCAUCCCACUUACAUUACCAUUACUUACUUUAGUGUGAUGAAUCUUUUCUGCUUCUAUUUCGACAUGCCAGCAGUAAUGUGAUGAUAGUGGAUGGAAUUUUCCUAUCGCAUUCCCAAAGUGGUUAUUUUGCAUAUCUCUGCAUAUCUAUAUCUUUGCCAAUCUAUUUUAUAUUUUAUGCUGAUUAAAUAAAAAAACAACUCCAAGGCAUACUACAUAUGGAAAAGGGUAAGGCAGUGGGGGUACAGAGGAUGUGUGAAAGACAGAUUAGCAAACAAGCACGCUUGUGCAAUAUUGAAGGUUCCCGACUUACUAUGUGUCCAUUAUCUAUAUACUACCCUGUUUCCCCUAAAAUAAGACAUCCCCAGAAAAUAAGAUCUAGUAGAGGUUUUGCUGAAAUGCUAAAUAUAAGGCCUCCCCCGAAAGUAAGACCUAGCAAAAUUUUUGUUUGGAAGCCUGCCCGCCAAACAGAACACCAGAGCAUGCAGGAUCGGUAAAUGUACGUACCGUAGAGUGUUGGACAUGGAAUUAAUGGUAGUAACAAGAAAUUCUUGAUAGGAUUCACAGUUUGUCUGGUUAUGCUGGUUUGUGAUGACAACUAAUGUACAGUAUAUAAUAAAUGUUCAUUUUUUUGUUCAACAA